AUGAAAAAUCCAAAGAAAUUUAUUCUCAAUUUGUAUGAAAUCUUAGAAGUAUCUUAAAUUUAAGUCAUAGGAUCCUAAUUUAUAAUAUUUGGUGUAUUGGGUAGAUAAUGGACAAGCUUUUUCUUUUUAAAGAAAUUCCGAAUUCGAAACUAGAAUUCUCUAAAAAUAUUUUAGAACAACAAAUGUACAUUCAUUUUUAAGAUAAUUAUGCUUGUAUGGAUUCAAGAUGAGGAAAAAUGAUAAGAAUAGCAAAGAGUAUUACCAUCAGAAUUUCAAGAAAGGGCGAUUGUAUAAUAAUUUUAACUUUUAGUAAAGACUUAUUGAAAAUAAAAAGAGGAAACCAUACUAAUUAAAAUCCGGAUUAGCAAUUCAACAUAGCAGGAUUUGCAGAACAAAACUUUCUUCUCUAAGAGAAAUUGAAAUAUUUAUAAGAGCAAUAAUAAAUUAUUUAGCAACAGUUGAGAAUUCAAUGUUAAAUCCAACUAUUAAUAGCAUAAAAAAUUGGAAAGAUAGUUGAUGUAUUUAUUUGUUUAAUAAAAAGCUUUUUGUGGUUUUAAAAGAGUUUCACGAGAAUGAAACCUAAUAAAGAUUUAAAUUCACAUUUCUUUCAGUUCUUUUUGGCUAUAAACCUUCAAUGGAGUUUUUGUAGGAUACCUUUAUAGAUAUGAAUAGUCCGAUGUCUGAGUUUCUAUUUUCACCUAAUGUUUUUCCUUUUAUUUAAUGAUUAUAUUUGAG